GUGGGAGCACAGAAGCGAGGGUUCUCUAGUUUCGUACCAUCUCUUUAGCCUUUGUAGCCCAUUUGCACUGUUGAGACCUCAGAACAGAGCAACAUGGAUGGAAAAAUGAGCUGGUCGGUGGGUGACGCAGUGGAUUACAAGGGAUUUCCUGCCGACAGAACCAAGACCGGCGGCUGGGUACCUGCUGCUCUUAUCUUAGUGAUUGAAAUAGCUGAGAGGCUGUCGACGAUGGGAAUCGCAGUCAAUCUCGUGACAUACUUGGGUGGAACGCUGCAUCUUCCGAGUGCAGAGUCAGCUAACGUUGUAUCAGAUUUCAUGGGCACCUCCUUCCUGCUAUGCUUGCUUGGAGGGUUCCUAGCUGAUUCCUUCUUAGGCCGAUACCUUACAAUCGUCAUCUUUGCCGUGAUCCAAGCAUUGGGAACGGGCAUGCUCUCUGUGGUAACGAGGCUGCCCCAACUUCGCCCGCCGCCAUGCAACUCUUCUACCACCGCUAAAUGCCAGGAAGCCGACGUGUUCCAGAUGGGCAUCCUCUAUCUGAGCUUGUAUCUGAUCGCCUUGGGCACGGGGGGCCUCAAAUCGAGCGUGUCGGGUUUUGGGACCGACCAGUUCGAUGAGAAGGAUGAGAAGGAGAAGAGCCAGAUGGCCAACUUCUUCCACAGGUUCUUCUUCUUCAUCAGCACCGGCACGUUGCUCGCCGUCACCGUCCUAGUCUACAUACAGGACGAGGUGGGCCGAAGCUGGGCCUACGGUAUCUGUUGUCUCUCCAUGCUUAUCUCCAUCGUGGUGUUCCUGUCCGGGACAAGAAGAUACCGGUACAAGAGAAGCACCGGUAGCCCGAUCGUUCACAUUCUUCAAGUUGUCGUGGCUGCGGUGAGGAAGAGGAAGCUCCAGUGCCCCUGGCCCUGGGACGUUGCUUUCUUGUACGAGGAUUCCCCCGAGGCCUCCAGAAUCCAACACACCGACCAAUUCCGUUUUCUGGACAAGGCUGCGAUCAUGGCGGAUGGAGAUAAUCACCAAGUGCAUGGCGGGACCUCGACUGAUCCAAACCCCUGGAAACUGUGCUCGGUGACGAGGAUCGAGGAGGUGAAGAUGAUGAUUCGACUGCUUCCGGUGUGGGCUACGACGAUCAUGUUCUGGACCAUAUAUGCUCAAAUCAUCACAUUCUCUGUGGAGCAAGCAACGACCAUGGAGCGGUCGAUUGGUAGCUUCCAGAUUCCAGCAGGAUCACUGACAGUCUUCCUCGUCGGGGCCAUUCUGAUCACUCUAGCGAUCUACGACCGCAUGAUCAUGCCCGUGCUGAAGAGAUGGAAAGGCAAACAAGGCUUCACCAACCUACAAAAAAUCGGCAUCGGCCUCACCCUAUCCGUGAUAGGGAUGGUGGCCGCGGCGCUUGCAGAGGUGAAACGGCUGUCGGUCGCUAGAAGAGUAGGUGCUGCUGCUGCCUCUCGCGGGGGCACGACGCUACCCGUCAGUGUUUUCACAUUGAUCCCGCAGUUUUUCCUUGUGGGCGCCGGCGAGGGAUUCGUAUACACCGGCCAGCUAGAUUUCUUCAUCACCCGGUCGCCAAAGGGGAUGAAGACCAUGAGCACCGGCCUCUUCCUUACGACCCUUUCGCUUGGCUUCUUUGUCAGCAGCUUAUUAGUUUCGAUCGUCAACAGCCUGACGGGCGGCAAACAUGGGAAUGGGUGGCUCGCAGACAACAUCAACAAUGGGAGGUUGGAUUGCUUCUAUGGUCUUCUCGCGGUACUGGGCGCUGUCAACUUGGGAGCUUUUCUCCUUUGUGCCGCGCGGACCAAGCCACAGACCCCUCAGGCCGGGUUGCAGAUGGAGAGUACGGGGAAGAGUUCAUCUAUAGAUGAGAAUAAUGUGUGAUAUAUAGGGAUGUGCAAGCUACGCUGGGGAGGGCAUAUCUUGCUGCUCUCCAUCUGGUUGGUUAAUUCUAUGUAUAAUAUCAAUUGUUUGCUUUAAUAAUUUAGAUUUGGCUGGUUUCUCGUCGUCUUUGAAGUUACACUCUCUGGU